AUGGGAAUUUAUAUGAUCUUGCACUUUCGAAGAUCAGUAAAAAUAGAGCCAAGCGGAAAGGUUGUUUUUAUCACAGGAUGUGAUACAGGGUUUGGUAACAUGUUGGCCCGGCGCCUUGAUGUCUUAGGAUUUGUGGUGAUAGCUGGCUGUUUGGACGUCAAUGGUCAGCCCGCAAGGACACUGUUAGCGGAGACGUCACGGGUGCAGAUUGUACAGAUUGACGUCACUAGUGACCACCAGGUACAAGAGGCUUUAAAAUAUGUGACGUUAAGGACACAGGAACAAGGACUGUGGAGUUUGAUAAAUAACGCGGGGAUCGCUGUAUUCACCGAAUGUGAAUGGUGUUCCAUGGAUACUUACCAAAGAUCACUAGAGAUUAACCUGCUGGGAACCAUACGAGUGACAAAGGCUUUCCUGCCAUUGAUAAGACGGGUACAAGGACGGGUGAUCAAUGUCGCCAGUUUAGCAGGACGUGUUGGCCUCCCUGGCUUCACCGCUUACUCCGCUACAAAAUAUGGUGUGGUCGGAUUCUCCGACUGUCUUAGGCGGGAAAUGGCCAAGUUCAAGGUCAAGGUCAUAACGAUAGAACCAAAUAUGUAUAGGACGCCAAUGGCAGAGCGUUCCAUGCAGCUGGGUCAAGCGGAGCACUCUUGGUUGACAACUUCACAACAAGUCAGGGACGAUUAUGGCGAACACUACUUCCACACUUUUCAGGCUACAUUGAGGUCACACUUGUCACUGUCCUCUAAGAAGACUUACGAGGUUUUAGACUGUCUUGAACACGCCAUUUUGGCACGGCACCCGAAAAGCCGUUAUGUUCCGGGUAGUGCUAUGUGUAUUCUCAGCAACAUGUUCGGGGCUCUUCCGAACUGUAUACAGGACAUCGCCGUCAUAGUCGCCAUGAAGGCAAAUGUCACGCCGCAGAGUAUGAAGUGA